AUGCAAACAACACUGUAUAACGCCCUCAUACGAACCCACCACAUCACAUCCCGCAAGAAGGUCUCCACCCUGAAACGCGCCGCCGACACGUACAACUGCUUCGUCCUUCUUCGCUCCGGCGGCUGUCCGGGAAUUAUGUACGUCGAGUCGAAGGAGAAAGAUUCUGUUGAGUCGUGGGUGAAUACGGUGCGGAACCUGCGUUAUAAGGACUUUCAACUCGUUACACGGCCGGAUAUCAUGACGGACGAGAAGGGCACUUUGAAUCGUGCACGGAUUGAGCCGCCGCGGUCCAAGAAAACUGAGAAGACAUCUAAAGCUGGACUAUCUGAGGUAGAUACGGUAAAGGAGUUUGGGAGUUUGAUGGAGCAGCGUGGUGUAUGGCAGUGGUGGAGGAAGGGAAUGGGGUACACGAGCUGA